CUCCUUAUAUUUACUGUUGUUGUUCUUUUGUCAUGAUCACUUGAUCAUUGAUCCCUUUUGUCUUCAGGUUUUCUAUUAAUCGUUCUACCCUUUCUCCGUGUGUUCAGACUCCAACCUUCAUUCCAAUCAUCCUAAUCAUCAUCUUCAUCUUUGAUCAUCUUGAUCGUCUUGAUCUUUUUAUUCUCUUCUUAGCUUAUAUUCCCGCUCCUCCAAGAUGGUGAACAAGCCAGGAUGGAAAAUUGCCAAGGAAUUUGAAACUUUGCAAACAGAGUUCAAGGAUAGAGGUUUUACGUUAUCAAUUCCUCCCAAAUCAGAACCUACUUCUACGCUUAACCCCGGAUGGUUUUCGCUAGAUCAAUGGAGUGAUCAAAAGAUUAUAAUCUCUGCUGGAAAACUUCUUUCGGGUCUUCCCAUUCCUCUCUACGAUCCUGCAAUUUCUUUGUUUUACGAGAUUCUUUCUGACGAGAGGCUUUCGCGUGCUAUCUUUCAAUUGAGUGGUAAUGCUAUUAGGGUAGUACUUGAAUAUGCUCGCCGUGCUGCUGAGUUGGAAUCUGGUUACCUGAUGGAAGUGAGAAAUCCUGAACACAGAGAUAAAGAAAUCAUUUCUACAGAGUAUACUCUUGGGAACUUCUUUGCCAUUAUGAUGUUACUAUUGUGAAAAGUGAGUCAUCUCGUUGGGGCAUUCCCUUGCAAAGAAAGGACGGUAUCGCAGAGAAUGAAAGGAUUAUGCGAGAUGUUGAUUUCCAUGAUCCAACUAACCAUACCGGGUAUCACCAAGUUGAAGAAGGACCUGAGAACUCUCAAGAAGCAGAGAACAUUGGAAGCAUUACGUACGAUCACUGAUGAAGUUGACGCUGAAGAUGCCAGUGAUUCGGGUGACUGGGAUUCCCCUUUGAUGGGCGAUAAUGCCAUUUCACAAGCGAAGGCUAGGGGCAAGACAGUUGUUUCCAAAUCUUAUGCUAAGAAUCGCAACAAGGGAGAGAACCUUAAGAAGAAGAGGAAGAUCGCUUCUUCAACAUCUUCUCCAACUCCUCUAUAUACUUUUCCUCUGGAAGAUGAGUUACUUUCUCCUGACAACUCUUCCUUAACCUCUUCCAUGGCACAAUUAUCUAGUGUCUUCAGUGAUUCCUUUUUUGCUGUCAAUUAUGAUGAUUUCACCCGUACGUGCAAGGUGGUUUCUACCUUAUGUGAUGCCCCCUCUUUAAGUCAUAAAUCUCUGCGAGGAUCUGCUUUAGCUUUAACUCCAGAAUUCCAAUUUGCACUUGGAUCUUUGAAAGGUUCGCACCUUAGAAGCUUAGAAGAAGAAGGUUAAGGAUGAACUUUCCACUUAUUCUCACAGGGUCACCGAACUUCGCAAUAAGAAUCUGCAACUAAUAGCGCCGUGCUCAUGAAGAUAAAGAGAGAACUAGGAUUUUGGAAGCGAAAAAGAACGCAUUGAUUAUUGAGAAGGAUCAAGUGGUUGCUAAGGUGCAAAGGCGUUGAAGGAAUUUCAUGAGGCUCAACUCAAGAUUCAAAUAGAGAAAGAUCAAGCUAUAAGUGAAAACAACACUCUUCUCGUUCGUGGGAAUGAGAUUCGCUCACGUCUUCUGAUAGGGAAUGAUGUUGAGUUUGAAUGGGCUGCAAGAGUCAUUGAUAGGGCUAGAGGCUGAGAAGAUGUUUCUUGAAAAGGAAAAGAAGUGUCUUGAGGAUAUGGAAAACUUGAAAGCGAAAUAUACCGUAGAAAUUGAGAUAUUAGAAGCGAAACUCAUCGCUCAUGGUUCCAAGUAUAGAAGACUCAAGAAGAAGAUUAAGGUCACCGUUUCCAACUUGACUAAGGAUGCUAUUCGCAUACGUGAUGAGGCUGUUAAAGGAGAAGUGAGAGAAGUCUGUACUGAUCAUAGUAUUCCUAUGCCGGAAUAUGAUUUGAUGAACCUUAUGCCAAUGAAGAAACCUCUGAAAUCUCUGAUAGCGAAGUUGAAUAUGAAGAUACUGAUGAAGAGGAGCGUGAUUCUGAAGUUGGCGAAGAUGAUGCAGGCGAUAAGUAGUCGUUAAUCUUGAUAUUUUUCAUUUCGCAUGCAUCCU